AUGUCGACUGUUGCACUGUUUAAUCUGAAAAACACUACUGCAUUUCAGUAUUGCAAUUAUGGGUCUUUAAACACAUUAAUUGAAAAAAAUCGAUUCGAUAAUUUUGGAAAAAAAAUCGAUUCAUGGAAUUCUUUUUAACACUUCUGGGAGGAAAAUGCUUCAUGGAUAUAGAAUAUAAGGGUGUUUCCUACUUGAAUGCCAAUAUUUAAGGCAGGAAUUUUUGGGUCUAUUUUAAGAAGAAAACUUCAUAUGAACGUAUGUCCUGAACGUUUUGUAAUAGAGGGUGGUAAAGUUUUUAAUAUAGAAAGUUAGUGGCGAGCCACCGACUUGCAUCUGAAAAUGAAAAAAAAAAUUGAAUUAUUUACUCCGAUGCACGGUUUUCAACUAAAAAUAAUUUCUUUGCAUGGUCAUAUCAAUGAUAUUAUGAUUAUGCAGAUAAAAGUGUAUUUUUUAUGCUAAAACCGUGCAUCGGAUUGAGAAGGAUCAAUUAGUCUAUAAAUGAUUGGAGAUUUCCAGAAUAACUUUUAAGAGAAAAUAGUAGUUAAUUUCUGUCAAAAUACGCACGUGAAAUCCCGUACAAAAUGCCUCUUGAUAUGUAUGCUAAAGGAUUCGUAUUUGAAAAUGGGCCCUAAAAUUGCACUCCCAAUUAUUGACAUUCAAUCAGGAAACGCUAGAAUUAUAUCCAUUGUAUAAAAAAUAAAUCUCCGAAUCAGAUUUUCCGUAAAAAGUCUUGAUAUUACUAAAUCAUUGUACCUCAUUUGGAUAAAGCAUUUUAGAAAUGUUAUUUUCUAUAAUAUACUAAUAGUGCUUGAAAUUCACUGUACUGUUAUUUAUUUGUUUUUUUUGAUCCCAGCUAUCUUUGACAUUCUGUACAUAUUGGUAAAAACGUACUAAACAACUGUGUAGGCGAGGAUUGCGAGGCUCCACUUUGUGCGCCCGCUUCAAUGAUUGCAGCAUCAACAGUACUUUUUCUAAAAUAAAAC